AUGACCGUCUGGUUUUCUGUCGACGCUUAUGAUGAGCUGGACAUCAACCUACCUUUCCAGGAGGCACAAGACAUUAUAUUGACAGGCAACAUCACGGGUGUCCAAUUCCCAAAUCUAACAUCCGUUGAUAUAUUCAAUGUCCAGACGGUUGCCUCCUUGGACUGUGACUCUGUGAGAGAUACAAUAAUGACUGCGACAAAUACGACAGAAUAUAAUGUGCAUUGUGGGACCAGUAGUUUAGGCUCGCAUUUUGACCUUAAUCUUGGUGCUACAGUCGCGUUUGUCGUCGUGGUUGGUGCUUUUGUUGGGCUGGCCUAG